ACGAGACAUCUCGCUCUGGCAUAAAACUACUGGUCCCUUAUUUUCAAAAGAACUUCUGAAACAUCAUAUUCCUAGCCAUCUACAGGGUAAUGACUGACAUUACAAAAUAUAGCCAAUGGCGGAAAGUACGUCAUGCAUAGCAACCAAUCAGAUUGACUCUCACCUGACUUCGAUGUUAAACCAGGACAUGGAGAUCUCUCUGUAGUGUAGUGGUUGACAUUCGCUUUUUACCGCUGCUACGUAAAGAUCCUGGUUCAGAUCUCGUCUCUGGAUACUUUCUAUAUAUCAUACCUGUUCACAGGGUUAGCAAUCGAGGUUUCCCCAUGUUCUCUGGUUUUCUUUCCUACUUUCCUAAUAAGCCAAGCAACCAACCAACCAAGAAAGACAGGGUCUAGAGUGACAAGUGUAAACAAUCAGGACUGAAACUUAGCCUCCCUUUCAAAAGUAUUGUUUGGUCUGUCUACACGUUUUAAUAGUAAAUCAUGAAGUACGCAUUGGGGUUCUGCUUUUUUUCUGCCUUUGUCGUAGGCUUGGUGAACAGUGCUAGUUGCGAAGAACCCUGUGUGGAUGAAUGGCUCAGGGUUGCACAAACCGUAAAAACCGCCACUGAGAUAUGCAAAAACGCUCAGACAUACCUGUAUUGUCUGAAGUCCUGCGGCUGGGAUGUAACUGUUAAGAUCCAAGAAUUACAGGCCAAUUUGGGCUCUGAAUGCGAUCUGUCAGGCUCCACAUCGCUGUCUGUCAGCUUACUUACCGCCCUCGUGGGCCCGCUACUCGCUGCUUACCAAACCUUCGGACUGUAACCUUGUGUCCUUUCUGAUGUCACCGACAUACGACUGCAGUGGAGAACAGAACACAUAUGUAACACCCUAGUAGUUUGUUAGCAGUAAAUAAGAUAUUUUAUGCGUUUAAUUUUUUUAUGCAUUGUAUUCCUUUAUUCUUUAGGCUUUUGUUGUAUGACUCAUUGCACUGGAUAUUUGAAGCGUGUGGGUUCUAGAUCAGGCAGGAAGGAUGCACACAUGAACAUACUAGAACAUGCACAGGCACGCACGUGCACAAACAGCUGUCGCACGAGCAAACAAAAACAUAUCCACCCUUACAUCUUCACGUGCGACGUGUAACUAGACUGAACCGACGAACGUGACCACGGCGUGCGUGAGAGACAACAGGGUCUAGAAAGUUCGAUGGAUAGGAAAAUAAGUAGUCGGGGUUAGAGAUUUCGGGAAAACUCUGUCAAAUUCAUUUUUUCAAGUUCGGUUGAGAGUCAGUCAAGUCUCCAAUGGUCUCUAAACCUGAUUCUGCGAUUCCUGUGGACUAAUGGAGUGUUCCUGAACAUUUUCAACAUCACUCCACCAGCUGUUUGAGAAAAUAAAUAAUCAGCUUUGUUUA